AUGCGAGACCUGAUCAAUUUUGUCCUGAGAUGCUCCGGAACCGAUAUUAAAGUUGAAAGCACUGAUAUUGAGGAUGUGGACAACGUUUCCAACCGCCUCACAGACAUCCAGGAAGAGUAUCAGGCACAAGAUAUAACCGACUAUCCACUUGUAUCGAAAGCAAAGAACUUCAAGUCCUUCCAGUCCGUCUUGACUAGCUUUUUUGAUGACCUUAUUCGAACCAUUCACAGCGCUUCUAUCCUUUACAGUGACCCGGCCCUCUUCGAAAACAUCCAGGCGUGGAUCAGUUCAAUGUCAUCUGCCCCUAUCAGACCGUUCAGACAUACCGCCACGAUUAUCUCCCUUACCAUCAUGACUACGCUCUGCCAUAUUGCUAAAGAGGUAUCCUCUAGCGUGUCUAAUUCACGGACUCAACUCGAGACCGAGCGGAAAAAGAAAUCCGCGAACAAGGGAAGAAUCAGUGCGCUACAGACCAAGAUCAAGGAAGGACAGAAGAGACUGGAAGCAAUUGAUGACAUGCUUCGCGACUCUUUUGAUGCAGUCUUUGUUCACCGGUACAGAGACGUCGAUCCUAAAAUCAGACAAGAGUGCAUGGGUCUCCUGGGCCUCUGGAUCAGUCUGUACAAGGACAUGUUUUUUGACGGCCAGUAUCUUCGAUAUCUCGGAUGGGUACUCUCGGAUACGGUAGCAGCCACCAGGUCGGUUGUUGUACACCAGUUGCAUAAAUUGUUCCAGAAUAAAGAUAACAUUCCUGGCUUGCGAGGCUUCACUGAGCGUUUCCGGCCUAGAAUAGUGGAAAUGGCUGUGAGGGAUGCAGAGCCUGGAGUCCGCGCUGCUACGGUAGAGCUACUGGACGUUAUCCGUGAUGCUAGCCUUUUAGAACCUGACGAUAUCGACAGCAUAGGCAGGCUUGUAUUUGACAUUGAACCCCGAGUGCGCAAAGCUGCUGGAAAGUUCUUUGUUGCGAAUAUUAUUGAUGUCUACGAAUCGUCAACUGAGAGUAUGGAGGAAGAGGUCAAUGAAUUCUUUGGUGAAGAAGACGAGGAAAAUCAUGAUACCCCGAACCGCUCCUGGAUCAAGUUCAAGUGCCUUGUGGAUAUGUUGCAGGUUUACGACGCGCAAGAAUCUGAACUGCACGAUGAAAAUGAUCAGUCGACUUCUCGAUACGCUCCGUUUGGCAAUUCGAUCGGCUCGAGGUUCGUCUUAGCCACCGAAUCAAUCUACCCUCAUUUCAAGGAGUUUGAACACUGGGAAUCGUUGGCUGGAUACCUCCUUUAUGAUCAUUCGCAGAUCUCUGAACCCACAGAUGACAAUGACACAACAGCUGCCAUCAAAUGCCUAUAUAAACUGAACGAAGGACAGGAAACUAUUCUGCUCGAGGUACUCGAGUGUGCUGUCAAAUUGCAUAUUCAGGUAGUCUCAAAGUCGGAUGUAGACAAAAAAGGGAGGAAGACAAAACAGUCGGUUCAGGUGAUGGAAGAACGACUCGAGUCUAUCGCACACAACUUGUCCCAGAUAAUACCCCGGCUCUUGAAUAAAUUCGGUGCUGUACCAGAAGCUGCAUCCCCAGUUCUUCGAUUAGAACACCUUGUCAACCUCGAUCUCAUACAGGAAAUACAAAAGGAUGCAGCCGCCUACUCUGAUCUUUUGAACAAUAUCAAUCAACAAUUCUUGACGCAUUCUAAUCAAGCGGUCCUAGCCGAGGCUACAGUAGCUUUCCUACGUGCUCGAUCAUCAGACGAGCUGAAGGAGGCUAUGGAAAGCAAGAUCCAGGAACUCUGGGAUGAUACCGUUGAUUCUUUGAAUAAUAUACUGGAAAAUAAAAAGGAACCUGAAAGCGCGAAGCUGCCAAAAGGUGCUAUUGCCACUCUCUCUAGCACUGUGAUGCGCAUUUCGAACCUUGCUAGCAUAUCAGAUUGCACCUUGAUCCUGGAAACGGUACCUCGAACAGCCUCAAAGAAACAAAAUAAACGUGCUGAAGCUCCUAUUGACUUACUUCUCUCUCUGGCCAAACGAAGUCUUCGUGAAGAGGACGACGAUGAUGUGAACAAAUUUGAGCAAGAUAUUGCUCUGCAUACUUUCAAGACGCUGUUGGUCUACUUCAUGUGGAAGAUCCAAAACCUGACGGCAGCUGUUACCACUGGUAGCAACAAGGGUGCUUAUAAUGCUGAAUACUUCGAGUCUCUUUCUCAGAGACGCGAGUCCUUUAUCGCAACGCUCUCUGCCCUUAUGCAACCACAUGGCUCGGGUAUAAAACAUGUCAAGCUUGCCGCUACAACAACACUGCUUGACUUACAGACAGCGUUUGGCACACUUCGACAUGCAGCGCCUCCUGGGAAGAAUUUCACCUCUAUGACAAAAGAUGACCUGGAAUUCCAAGUUCAAGAACUUCCUCAGGAGAUCAACCCAGAGAUCCGCAAUGUUCUAUCCCGACUUCACGACAGCGCCGAGCAGACGUUUGCCAAAAAAUCAAAACGAAAGCUUGAUGUGGCGGUAGAUGCGGAGCCGGCGGAGAGUGAAAGUGAAAUGGAUCUCAACUCAGAUGACGAGGAAGGCGAUGCGAGUGAUGCAGACGAGAAUGAGGAAGAGGCUAAACGUUCCAUUCUGCUUGCUGAGCAGAGACUCUGUGAGCUCACUGGAAAGAUCGUUCUCGCUAUCAUUGGUCGGGUGUUAGACGUGUCUGGCCCUCAGGCUGGAAAACUGCGGCGUAAGCUACUCAGAAACAAAUCGCGUUUAGGUCAGAAUUAUAAGGAGGUCCUCUCGUAUCUGGAAGACAGCCAAAAGGAUGGCCCCGCAAGUCGAAGACGAGUUGCAACCAAGGGCAAAGAACCGGAAGGCCAGGAAGAUACUGCCGCUAACGGGGUUGCACCAAACACUCGCGGCGGGAAAAUCAAGUCUACCGAACUGGUCGAGGAUGAUGACGAAGAGGAGGAAGAUGCAAUUGUCGGAGAUGAAGAUGAUGAAGAAAACCUACGAGCUCGCGGCCUAAUUGAAGACGAAGAAGAGCAACCCGCUGUUAGUGACGGCGAAGAAGAACGAGAAGCAGCCUCACCCUCUCCGGAUGAAGAUGAUAUAAUGGGAGAUUGA